CUUAGAUGCUCUUGCUUUCGAUUCAUCAUGAGUUCACCUUAUGCAAACGUGACCCGACCCUCCCCGCGACCGAGCCCAUCUAGCCGGAGACCUUCAACAAUAGCAGAACUCUCAGAACGUGCUCUUUCCAACCUUUGGGAUCCUUCGAAAGGCCUCAAGCAAUGGCUGAAGAAAGCAGAUAGCUUCCGGAAGGCUGGCAGAGCGUACGCCGAGGCUGGUGAACUUGAGGAAGCCUUCAUGGAAUACGCGAAGUCUGCGACGAUAAUUCUUGAGAAACUUCCGAUGCACAAGGAGUACUACACUCUACUGUCGCCAACCCAGCGCCACAAUCUUGGUCUUAACGGUCAUCAAAUUCUUCUCGAUCUCGGUGAAAUCAAACCAAUCAUCGUCGACCGCCAUGAACGAUGGAGGAUGCAAGAUAUCGAAUCUAGCAGGCCAUCGUCAUCAAGCGGUUACCCAGAAGGAAGCAGGCACACGGAGUACAGGCGACAAGAUGAUGGCCGACGCUCUCCCUUUGACGACUCUGGAUGGCUAGCACAAGAAGCAGCUCGCAAAGAUGUUGAACGAAAACGUGAGGAGCAGCGAAGGAGAGAUGAGGCACGUUAUUCUAUGCGAUCAGUCGAGACACAGCCACCGCGUCUACAGAUUGACACCGGGAGCAAGAAAAAGGAAGAUGCCCUGACAGCUGCUAGGCGUGCCGCCAAUCCACAGCUGCGCGAUUCGACGUACAAUCGCGAAGGCACCCCUUCUGGGUCUAUGACCCCGGUGAGCCCUGAGGAACAACGGAGAGACCAUGAUGAGUUCAGGAAGCAUGAAGACCGAAGAAGAGACGAAGAUGAAAUUAGACGAAGACGCAGGCGGGAACAGGAGGGUAUUCUGAAACGCCAGGAGGAAGCAGAGCUCGCUGCGCGGGAGGCUCGCCGGAGUCAUGUUCCUUCUCCCAUGCCUGCGGCGUCCGCAGCCGGCUCCCAGCGUCCAUCUUUCGUCGAUCCGCAGUUUUAUGAAGAUGCUGCUCCUCUUCUUAUGCCUAUUGAGAGCCCAACAAGGAAUCACGCCACAACCCCAACAACUUUGAAGCCCCCAUCUUAUCCUGCGCCAGUAACCACGACAUCACCUGCUCCACCGGACGGACAUAUUCAAUACCCAGAACUAAUGUCACAACACCAACUCAAGCAAGGCUAUGCACCUUCUCUGCAAUCAAUGUUCAAUUACCCCACUCUGAAGCCUACCAAUCUUGGAAGGUCUUCGCUACUUUUCGUGCCAGAAUCUUCUCAAUCGUCUACUAAUCAACUCCCUAAUCCAUCUAUAGUUGUCUUGCCGAGUCAGCCCGCGUCAUACCCAUACUCUCAGAUUCCGGCGCGUCCGCCUUCUGGUGGCUACUAUGAUUCUGCAACAUCAUAUUCUUCCCUUUCACGAGCUCCUCAGGCUGCGCCUCCACCUCCACCACCUCCCGUACACCACGUUGAUGGUGACCGCUAUCGGACUGCUUCCCAAGAGUCUGCACGGAUCACUCGUAAAGCCAGCGAUCCUGUCCGAGUACCCGACCUGAAGACUGUGAGCUUGCCGCGAGAAUGCCUUCCGCGCUUCCUGUCUAUCGCGUCACUGAAUACGGCGCGAAAUCGCGAAACUUGCGGGCUAUUGCUUGGAAAAGAUAAAGGAAAUAAAUUUACUGUCACAACGCUCCUGAUCCCAAGGCAGCAUUCAACAAGCGAUACCUGCACUAUGGACGAGGAAGAGCUCGUCAUGCAAUUCACGGAAGAACGAUCUUUGAUCACUUUGGGUUGGAUUCACACGCAUCCUUCGCAAUCCUGCUUCAUGUCCUCAGUUGAUCUACAUACACAUUCUGGAUUUCAGCGCAUGCUCCCAGAAUCCUUUGCCGUUGUUUGCGCCCCAAAGUUCACUCCUAACUUUGGAAUCUUCCGCCUCACCGACCCCCCAGGCUUGCAAACAGUCUUGGACUGCAAUGUUAAGGAAGCCUUCCACCCGCACCCAGAGGUGCCGAUCUACACAGACGCAGACAAGGGACACGUGCAAAUGAAAGACAUCCCGCUGGAGAUCGUGGAUCUGCGAUGAUCCAGGACCCGACUCCUUCCUAAUUUUUAACUAUUUGCAGACGUAGCAUUUUUGGCACUUGGCACUUGGCAUCUGUACAUCCUGCAUUCGUUACCCCCUACAUGCAUACGCCUUCGUAUCGGACACUACAGCACUUGUAAGACGAUA